AUGAUGGAGAUAACUAGAGAAAGUGAGUUCGUUCAGUACGCCUAUUCUAAUUAUUCAAACGAUGACCUGUCCGGUGAGUUUUCAAAAGAAUUGCUUGCUUCAUUUAACUUUUCGUGUUUGCCCUGUUUGCCGGUCCACCUUGAAGGAUUAACAUGCAAUUUUUUAGCUGAUCAUUGAUCAUCCCCACCACAAAUUACUGACUUUCAGCAAAACGCAAUUCUGUUUCGACUUUUACUCUCGUAGAUAUAUCCGGUUGCAGGACUGUUGACUUUAAUAUAAAAAAUAGCAACACGAGACCAGGUCGGAUAUUCCGAAAUGAACAAGCACAUUGGUAAACAAGAGCAUCUUCUCAAUGCUUGUCGCGAUUUUUUUUUGAUAUCCAUCCGUCUUUCAUUUGACAGACUUCAAAUUAACCAGCACUUGCCGUGUUGCAUUCCUUAUUACUUACUCGUAAAAUUCCUAGAUUUAGUCAGUGAGCUAUGAUGUUCACUACCACUCGCCCGGGUAUGUUUUCGAAUUUUACUUAACAUUACAAAUAUUAUAAACUUGAAGCGUCAGUGGUGAGAACCAUGAACCAAGUUUUAUGGGCGAUCUCUGUUCAGAACGAGUCGUGUUCCGAUUUGGAAAGUGAGAAAAAUAGAGUAGUAGCAGAUAUUAUCGCGUUCAAAAGUUUGGUAAAUAACUGGUUGGGGGCGCUCAUUAAACGGAGGCUAAACGAAACAAAAACACUCGAAAACAACACCUCGUCGACCAAUUUGCACCAUUUAUGAGUACUCAUCCUUCUCGAAACGCAACUGGCAAUGUAUGUUCAAGGUUAAUGUCAAUUUCUUUUUCUUUUUUCCAACGAAAGAUGCCUUCGGGUUGGUAGGUUAGCGAGGAAAAGUGUUUGUGUACAUGCCUUCCGAGGCGUUGUCUGGUUUUUCGGAGCGUGGGCACGGAAGCAAUUUGCGAUGAAUCAUCACAGAAAUCUCAAAUGUCAUUUCGCACUUUAGCACAGGCAAAACGUAUGAAUUUAUGCAAAAAAGCAUGUCCGAUAGGCGGACACGCCACGGAGGAAUCGGUCGGAAUCGUUACGACGUGAGGGUUGACUGAGUUGAGGAUGAGACGAUUUUUGGAGGACGCGCCCAUCUCAAACGCCCAUUCUUUGACGCAUUCCCGCCGAUUUCAAGAAGCCGUUCCGUCGAACGCCUCCUUUCUAUUCACACCUUUUGCAUCCCUUCUAAAGGAGACGGUUUUUGACUUGCAAGCCUCACAAGGACUCACUUCCAAAUAAACCUACACGGGCAAACAUAUAUGCAAACAAAUUGAAAUGAUGCCUUAUUUCAUGCCCAAUUCUAAGGGGGGACAAUAACAAUAUUUGCGUUUUUCUUCUUCUUCUUCUUCCAGCCCUUUUUCCUUAUAUUACUCACCGGGAAAGCCUUUUGUCGGUUUCUGUAAAAGGUAUUACUCGUUUUGUUCUGAAAAUUCUCAUAAGUAUAAAAGCAGUUGAGUAGUUAUACUUUCUGGAAAGAAUGUCCGACGUCUAUAUUGUCUCUUUGCCCUCUUCUCGACGCUCCAGUACUUCUAGUGUUCUCAGUGAUCACAGCUCCAUAAAGACUGUGAAUUAUGAAGUGAUUGAGAGAAAAAGUGAGCGUUUGCCCUCCCAAGCACCGAGUUCACAACUCAAACUAACCAACAACAGAAUUUCAUUUUCUGUGUUAAUCCCUUCUGCCCACAUGCUAUGAUCAUUAGGCACAGCGAAUCUGCGCGAGUAGCAGCAGAAAAGUUAAAUAAAAAGCAAAGAGGAGCAGAAGAAGAAAUUCGACGCCCACCUAGUUUGCGCAUUGGGGGACGGCGCGCUCCGUCCGCUUUUGUCUCUACCGUCAGCCUCCGACUAAUUCCUUGGUCACACAUACGGCAACGAGUCAUUCGCUUGCCACACACUCACAAAAUCAUUUCGAAAUUUUCGAGCUGCUCUGAGCAGCCGCCCAUUUUUCACUUCUCAUCUCCUCAUUUCAGCGAUGUCUUUCACCUCUACUACCCCUUCGGCGAGAGCUCCUCUCGGAGGCCGUUCCACCGGAAACAUUACUUGUAAGCUAACAUUCACCUGGCCACCCUAAUCUAAUCGGAACUGUAUUAUUCAGCGCAAGACCGUAUGCUCAAAAUCGUGACCGAAAUGCGUUCUGGACACGGAUCUGGCAUGUCGCCGUUCAGCCAGAACGCCGCCUCGACCAUCCGUGACUCUCGCGAACGUGAGAAGAAAGAGAUGAGCGACUUGAACGAUCGACUCGCUAGUUACAUCGAAAAGGUGUGACGAGAGGGAGGAAAAACCACACCCAAUGACGCACUUUUUCAGGUCCGUUUCCUCGAGGCCCAGAAUAGGAAGUUAGCCGCCGAUUUGGACGCGCUUCGCUCUAAAUGGGGAAAAGACACCCACAACAUCCGCAACAUGUACGAGGGGGAACUCGCGGUAAGAUGAUCUUUUCCGGGUGCUUGAAACAACGGAACGUUAUCUAGGAUGCCCAAAAACUGAUUGAUGAGACCAACAAGCAACGCAAAGACUUGGAGGACAAGAUAAAGAAGAUGCAAGACGAGCUGGCUGAUAUCCGUAGAAAGUAAGAUAAACUAACAGAGUAUGCAUAUCUUAUCAAUCGAAUGUUUGUUUUUCCUUACAUUCCACGAACAAUUUGUGAGAUACUGAAGUGUGAUCAGAAAUGCAAACAGUGACCCAAGUUCAACAACUCAGCCCAAUCACACACUUUCAGAUAUGAGGACGCCAUCAAGGGUCGCGAACAAGAUCGCACCAAGAUUGACUCGCUCCUCGUUCAGCUUUCCAACAUUGAAGCUGAGAUCAGCCUUCUGAAGCGUCGCAUUGCUCAACUUGAGGACGAAGUGAAACGCAUUAAGCAGGAGAACCAGCGUCUCCUUUCGGAGCUCCAGAGAGCUCGUACUGACCUGGACCAGGAGACUCUCAACCGCAUUGACUAUCAGAACCAAGUUCAAACUCUUCUGGAAGAAAUUGAUUUCCUCCGUCGUGUUCACGACAAUGAAAUCAGAGAGCUCCAAACCUUGGCUUCCCGUGAUACCACUCCGGAGAACCGUGAGUUCUUCAAGAACGAGCUCGCCUCUGCUAUCCGUGACAUCCGUGAGGAGUACGACCAAAUCAACAAUGUCCACCGCAACGAUAUGGAAUCGUGGUACCGCCUCAAGGUUCAAGAAAUCCAAACGCAAUCGGCGAGACAGACCAUGGAGCAAGGAUACGCCAAGGAAGAGGUCAAGCGUCUCCGCACCCAGCUCAGCGACUUGCGUGGAAAGCUCGCUGAUCUUGAGAGCCGCAACUCGCUGCUCGAGAAGCAGAUCCAGGAGCUCAACUAUCAACUGGAAGACGAUCAGAGAUCGUACGAAGCUGCUCUCAACGACAGAGAUGCCCAGAUCCGCAAGAUGCGCGAGGAAUGCCAAGCUCUCAUGGUGGAACUCCAGAUGCUCCUCGACACCAAACAGACCCUGGAUGCCGAAAUUGCCAUCUACAGAAAGAUGCUGGAAGGAGAAGAGAACCGUGCUGGUCUCAAGCAGCUCGUCGAGCAAGUCGUCAAGACCCACGCCAUUUCCCAGGAGACCGACACCGGUAUUGCAAACUAAUUGUAGUCUAAAAAUGCAGGUUUUGUUUUCAGAAACGAUGCGCGUGGUGAAGGGCGAGACUGCCUCCCGUCAAUCCUUCCAACGUUCUGCCAAGGGAAAUGUUUCUAUCCACGAGGCGUCGCCCGAUGGAAAGUUCAUCGUCCUCCAGAACACCCAUCGUGCCAAGGACGAGGUAUUUGGGAGAAUACUGGUGUAUACAUGGCAAACACUUUCAGGCAAUCGGUGAGUGGAAACUGAAGAGACGUAUCGACGGAAAGCGUGAGAUCGUCUACACCCUGCCGAAAGACUUCAUCCUCCGUGCCGGAAAGACGCUCAAGAUCUUCGCUCGCAACCAAGGAGUUGCUUCGCCGCCAGAUCAGUUGGUCUACGACGCCGAAGACUCGUUCGGCAGCGGAAACAACGUCCAAACAAUCCUCUUCAACAAGGAGGGAGAGGUAUCAACUUUUGUGCUAGACAAAGCACGAACAUGUUUUCAGGAACGUGCUACUCACAUUCAACGCCAGAGCACUGCCUAG